UGAAACGAAUUAAACAAACGAUCAUAUUAAAACGCACACAUAAUAAUUGGGCGUUGUUUAUGUUUUUAUUAAAUUUAUAAUUUUAUUUCUAAAACUGUGUAGUUUUACUCUCAUUCUACUGAGACGAAUAAAUAUAAAGUAUUUAUUUGUCAUUUUGAGCGUAUUUGGCAGAAAUAAAAUUUGAAAAUGAUGAAAGUUCAGGUGCAAUCAAUUGUUGCACUAAUCAGUGUAUUGCUAUUGAUCGAACAAUGCAAUGCAAUUUGGUGUUAUCGUUGCACAUCGGCGACUCCGGGUUGUGCCGAAAAUUUCCAUUGGCGUGGUAUUGGCUAUUGGGGCGAACAGUGCCCUGAAGAUAAUGAUAUUUGCGUUAAAGUAACUGAACGCAAAGGAGCGUCUGUGACAAUAAUCCGUGACUGUUUGAGUACGCUGAGCAGUGGCUAUCGGACCGAUUUGCCUGCCGAUCGUUAUGAGGGUUGUCGUCCAGCAUCAAAAGAUGUUCGACUUGGACACUAUGUAUUCAACAAUACGAUCAAAGAGCUUGAUAUAAGACGUGAUCAUUUCGAUUCGACAACGUUCUGUUAUUGCUUCCUUGAUCAUCGUUGUAACGGUUCCACGUCGAUAAGUGCAUCAAUUUGGUCAUACAGCAUUGGAAUUGCAAUUGCAUUGAUUACGGCAUCUAGGCUCUUUUGAAAUAAUUAAAUUUUACUGAACACACAUAAUUUGUCACAUAAUAGUGACACUAUUGUUAUGAAUUUUCAAGAAAUCUCAAACAUUCCAAUUCAUUGCUGCCCAAAAAUAUCAUGUCACUCUUUGACAGAAUACAAUAACAAAAACACCGGAAAAUCAAAGUAAUUUUUAUAUAAGUCAUAGACCGAUAUUCUUUCGAAUUUUUUUUUUUUUUUGUACCGAUAACUUGGAAAUUAAGUCGAACUUUUUGCCCAUUUUACAUUUGACAAUUGAACAACUUUUGUUUGUUAAGAUAAGCAAUUUAUUCCGUCCAAAAUAAAAAUAUUGAAAAACUCUUUAUAAAUCGUUGUCCGUCCAAGCGAUUUAUAUCUAUAAUUAUAGUUAGUAGAUUUACCAUUUUGUACAAAAUAUAGUCCGAUGAUUAUGCAAAACAAUAAUGUAUUUUUUAAAAAAAUCAACAACCAAUAAAUGACUUUUACA